GGCAAGCCCCACCCCUGGUGCGCGACGGAGUCCCUGUGACGUAAGGAGACGUUCGGAGCCCGAGACAUGUCGGGAUUGAGGAGAUACGAGGUGGCGCUGGAGGCGGAGGAGGAGAUCUACUGGGGCUGCUUCUACUUUUUCCCGUGGCUGCGCAUGUGGAGGAGGGAGCGGAGCUCGGCACACCCCCGGGACCAGAAGCUGGAGCCUCUGCGGGGCCUGAUGAGCUGUCUGUCAAGCGGUCUGGGCCCUGUUCCCCAGCGUACAGGUCGCAGCCUCCCCCGCCGCACACCCGCCGCCACUGCCCAGCCAGCCGGUGCAUUAAAGAUUUAA